GGGGCGUCGCAAUGCUGCUGCGCCUGCUGCUGGCCUGGGCGGCCACGGUGCCCACGCUGGGCCAGGCCCCCUGGGCCCCCGAGCCCCGCGCCGCCUGCGGCCAGGACAGCUGCUACGCACUCUUCCCACGGCGCUGCACCUUCCUGGAAGCCUGGCGGGCCUGCCGAGAGUUGGGGGGCGACCUCGCCACGCCUCGAACCCCUGAGGAAGCCCAGCGCGUGGACAGCCUAGUGGGUGCCGGCCCGGCCGGCCAGCUGCUGUGGAUCGGGCUGCAGCGGCAGGCCCGGCAGUGCCAGCCGCAGCGCCCGCUGCGCGGCUUCACGUGGAUCACCGGGGACCAGGACACAGACUUCACCAACUGGGCCAACCCUCCCACGAACGGGUCCUGCCCUGCCCAGCGCUGUGCAGCCCUUAAGGCAAACGGCGAGCAUCGCUGGCUCGAGGGUUCGUGCACGCUGGCUGUCGAUGGCUACCUGUGUCAGUUUGGCUUUGAGGGCUCUUGCCCAGCGUUGCCAGAAGAGGCUGGCCAGGAGGGCCCCACCGUCUACACCACGCCCUUCCACCUGGUCUCCACCGAGUUCGAGUGGCUGCCCUUCGGCUCCGUGGCCACCGUGCCGUGCCAGGCCGGCGGAGAAGCUUCUCUGCUGUGCGUGAAGCAGCCCGAGGGUGGGGUGCGCUGGUCCCGGGCUGGGCCCUUGUGCCCCACCGGGACCGGCUGUGACCCAGAUAACGGGGGCUGCGAACACGAGUGUGUGGAGGAGGUGGAUGGCCGUGUGUCCUGCCGUUGCACUGAAGGCUUCCAGCUGGCCGCGGACGGGCACAGCUGUGAAGACCCCUGUGCGCAUGCCCUGUGUGAGCAGCACUGCGAGCCGGGUGGGCCACAGGGCUAUAUCUGCCACUGUCACCUGGGGUUCCAGCCGGCCGACGACGAGCCCCACCGCUGCGUGGACACGGACGAGUGCCAGGACAUCCCCGUGUGCCAGCAGAUGUGCGUCAACUACGUCGGCGGUUUUGAGUGCUACUGCAGCGAGGGCCACGAGCUGCAGGCCGACGGCAUCAGCUGCAGCCCCGUGAGGGACGUCGGGGCUCGGGCUGCCCAGGGCCUGGAGGACGAGCUGCUGGAUGACGGCCAGGAUGAGAUGGACCAAGGUGAGCCCUGGGAGCGCUUCGGUGGUGGCUGGACGGAGCCACCUGGGAUCCCGUGGAUGGAGCCCACGUAUCCACCUGACUUUGGCCUGGCUUAUAGACCUAGCUUCCCAGAGGACGGAGAGCCACAGGUGCCCUACCUGGACCCUACCUGGCCGCCCCCGCUCAGUGCCUCCAGGGCCCCCUAUCACUCCUCAGUGCUCUCUGUCACCCGGCCCGUGGUGGUCUCCGCCACACGCCCCACACUGCCUUCUGCCCACCAGCCCCCCAUCAUUUCUGCCAUACACCCACCCUUGGCCCCUGCCCCGCAGCCCACCAGGAUCCCUGACAUGUACCCACCUUUGCCCCCUGUCCACCAGUUCCCCAUGAUCUCAGCCGGCUAUCCAGACCUGCCUUCUGCCCACCAGCCUCCCGUGAUCCCUGCCACGCACCCGGCGCGGCCCGCUGGCCACCCGCCCCCGGUUAUCUCAGCCAGGCACCCUGAACAGUCCACCGCCCACCAGCCCCCCCUGUCUCCAGACACCCAAGUGGCUGGUACUCAGAACACUGCUCAUGUGCCCCGCAUCCCAGCUAACCACGGCCUCCUUGUCACCACCUCCAGGACUCAUCAUCCCCCGGGGACCCCAGGUGUCCCAGUCCUCAAACCCCAGGCCACUCGCCUUCCCAUAAGCUCACCUGCCCCGCCGUCUCUGACAACUGCAUCCAGGUCCCCUCUGCCCAUCGCCCGUCGGGUCCCCGUGCCUGCUGCCACCCAGCCCCCCGUCCUCCACACUUCCCUGCCCCCUCAGAGCCCCACGAACCAGACCACUCCCACCAGCCCUACACGCACCCAUUCUAAAGCCCCAGAGGUCCCGAGAGAAGAUGCCUCUAAUUCCGAGCUGACCCCGUGGCUGCCCUCAGCAGCCCCCACAGCAGCCCCCACAGCCCUGGGGGAGGCCAGUCCUGCGGGCCGAAGCCGGAGGGAUGACCGGUGGCUGCUGGUGGCACUUCUAGUGCCUACAUGUGUCUUCCUGGUGGUCCUGCUGGCACUGGGAAUUGUGUACUGCACCCGCUGUGGCCCCCACGCACCCAACAAGCGCAUUACAGACUGUUAUCGCUGGGUCACCCAUGCUGGGAACAAGGGCCCGACAGAACCCACGCCCCACCGGGGCAGCCUCACAGGGGUGCAGACCUGCAGAACCAGCGUGUGAUGGGGCACGGCACGCCACUCCAUGCGCGAGGGGAAGGGGCAGGCAUUGGACACCGGGCCCGGGCUGCACCAGUGCCCCAUGCAGGCUGCCCAGAUGGACAGAGGGCUUCCUGCCCCCUCAGGCCCAGCUGGGCUCUUCUCUCAGUCAACCACCAGACGUGGCGCACGGAGACUCUGCUCCCAGGCCUGGCACUUAUGACAGAGGAGAUGCUGAGGCCCCCAGGACCGGAGGGGGUGGGCACUGGGCUCUUCUCCAAUAAAUGGA